AGGUGGAUGCCAAUUUCAAGAGUAUCUCGCCACAGGACAUGGCAGCCCUACAACUUCAGCUGGCGCAGACGGAAGGAGAUGCCAGGAAGCCUAUCCAAAGACUCCUGGGCAGCAUCCAGAAGGCGAUGGAGUCCCGUAUGGCCGCGGUGACCAAAGAUAUUGAGGCAUUGAUGCAGAGUUCGGGCAAUAUCAAGGAGAACAUCCAGGAAUGCUUGCAAAAACAGGAAAGUGUGCUUCCCAUAAUUGCUGUCCUACAGAUGAACAUCGCACGAGCACGGAAAGCUGAAAACGAGCAGCUGGACCGAGCACUGACCUUCCUCUAUACCACAAUCAAUGAGGAGUUGGAAUCGAAGGUUCCAAUGGUCAACCGGGUGCUGAGUAGGUGUCUCAGUACCGAGGAUGCCGAGCCGCGGCGUGAGCUGCUGAAAGCCUACUUCGCGGAGGACUCGGAGGAGGACAAACCCCAGUUGAUGGUUGACGCACUGCUGGGCCUGGUGAAGGAGGCACAAGCACAGAAGGGACAAAAGGGUUUCGACCUCAAAGGUGCCCUGACGAGGAUCCGCGAAGUCGCGUUGGACGUGGGGGUGGCGCAAGGAGAGGUCUGCGAGGAUGAGGAGGUGUCUGAGAAACUUUCUGAAGCCAUGGGCCCUUUGACUGAUGCUUUGGCAGACCUCGCAUGACAAGG